AUGGCUGCACGGCUUGUUGCACGCCUUUGGCUGGCGUUGCUGGUCGGAGCUGUCUUUGUUGCGGCCAAUACCGAAAAGGCCAUCUUUGUGGCCGGCGACGGCCAGAGUCGACGACCUGGCGGUGGUGAUGCUGAUCGCAUCGCGCUGAGCGGCAUUGCCUCCUCUCUCCCCCGGCUGACGCCCGACCGCAAUGCCUGGCGGACCAGCCUGCCCGCUGCGUUCCCCUGGGCCGACAACUUCCCGACCAACGGCACGACAUGGCUCCUGCUCGACGAGCUGACUGGGGGCCAGCGAUACGAGCUUCGCGUCUGCUGGGCGGCGUCUCAACCUACCGACUUUUCCGUCGACGUGUUUGAUCUGGCGACUGUCGCGGCAACACCGGCGCUCUCUGCGUCGCUGGCCUCGUUUGUCGAGAGAGGCCCCGGGACGACAGCUACGCCAUCCACGCCAUCCACAACCAUGACCACUGCCACUGCCUCCCUGCUGCGCAUCGUUGCUGCAGCCGACUUUGUUGCGGCCGACCGCGCUGCCAUGCACCCGGACCGUGUGCCGCCGGUGCUCACAGACAUCAUUCUCGAUCCGUACCUGUUCAAUGCGGUACCGCACUCGCUGCUGCCGGUCGUGGCGGCGAUUGUGGUUGUCGCGGGCGCGAGUGCGUGGCUGGCGCGGCGCGUAAUUCUGCCGCAGCUGCGGGCCGUAGCCGAUGGCGGUGUUGGUGCUGCUGGAGUACGUCCAACAAAAGGACGCAAAGCGCAGAAAGCGCAGAACAAGGAUAGAUGA